ACAUACCCAUCCAGUGAUGCUUAUCUCCAUCUCUCCUGCUCGCCCAGUCCCUUGACACAGCUCCCAACCAUGGCGUCCAUGGCCUCCCUCCGUCGAAAUUACCGACUCGAACCAUUCGUACUCCUAAUACGCUUUUUCUCCCACUCUUCCUCGCACAAUCAAACCACUCAGCGUAUAGAGAAAAUCCUCGUGGCGAACAGAGGUGAAAUUGCGUGCAGAGUCAUGAGGACGGCGAAGAGGCUCGGCAUUCAAACCGUGGCGGUUUACAGCGACGCCGACCGAGACGCACUACACGUGAAAUCUGCGGAUGAGGCCGUUCGUAUCGGUCCGCCCCCGGCUCGGUUGAGUUACUUGAACGCGUCGUCGAUUGUCGAAGCUGCGAUACGUACCGGUGCGCAGGCUAUCCACCCUGGCUAUGGUUUCUUGUCGGAGAGUGCUGAUUUUGCUCAAAUUUGUGAAGAUAAGGCUCUUACAUUUAUUGGCCCUCCAGCAGCUGCAAUCCGUGACAUGGGCGAUAAAAGUGCAUCAAAGAGAAUAAUGGGUGCAGCAGGCGUACCACUUGUGCCAGGAUAUCAUGGUGUCGAACAAGAUAUAGAUCUAAUGAAGUUAGAAGCAGACAAGAUUGGGUAUCCAAUCUUAAUAAAGCCAACUCAUGGCGGCGGAGGAAAGGGUAUGAGGAUUGUGCAGGGACCAAAUGAAUUUGUUGAAUCUUUCUUGGGAGCACAGCGUGAGGCUGCUGCCUCUUUUGGCAUAAGCACAAUAUUGCUGGAGAAAUAUAUCACACAGCCAAGGCACAUAGAAGUGCAGAUAUUUGGGGACAAACAUGGAAAUGUGCUGCAUUUAUAUGAGAGGGAUUGUAGCGUGCAGAGAAGACACCAGAAGAUAAUCGAAGAGGCUCCAGCUCCAAACAUUUCUAGUAGUUUCCGCUCCCAGUUGGGCCAAGCUGCUGUGUCUGCAGCCAAGGCAGUUGGGUAUCACAAUGCUGGCACUGUGGAGUUCAUAGUUGAUACUGUCUCAGACCAAUUCUAUUUUAUGGAGAUGAACACCCGCCUUCAGGUUGAGCAUCCUGUGACUGAGAUGAUUGUUGGCCAAGAUCUUGUAGAGUGGCAGAUCCGUGUUGCAAAUGAGGAACAUCUUCCCAUGACUCAGUCACAGGUGCCCUUAUCAGGUCAUGCUUUCGAAGCCAGAAUAUAUGCUGAAAAUGUGCCAAAAGGAUUUCUUCCUGCGACUGGAGUUCUUCAUCAUUACUGCCCUGUUCCAGUGUCGUCAACAGUUCGGGUUGAGACAGGAGUUGAACAAGGAGACACUGUCAGCAUGCAUUAUGAUCCCAUGAUCGCUAAGCUUGUAGUAUGGGGAGAAAAUCGUGCUGCUGCAUUAGUAAAAUUAAAGGACUGCUUGGCAAAGUUUCAGGUUGCAGGUUUACCUACCAAUAUCAAUUUUCUCCAAAAGCUUGCGAAUCAUUGGGCAUUUGAAAAUGGCAAUGUGGAAACUCAUUUUAUUGAACACUUCAAAGAUGAUCUCUUUGUUGCUCCUACCAAUUCAACAUCCGCAAACGAAGCAAAUGAUGCUGCUAGACUUAGUGCGACCCUGGUAGCUGCAUGUGUCAUAUCAAGUGAACAUUCACUAUUGGAAGAAAAUCCCCCUGGGGGAAACAGAUCACUCUCCAUAUGGUAUUCUUCUCCCCCUUUCAGAGUCCACCAUCAUGCCAGGCGUAAAAUGGAACUUGAAUGGGAGAAUGAAUAUGAUAACGGUGGCUCAAAUCUCUUGACACUUACAAUUACUUAUAAGCCGGAUGGAAACUAUAUAAUUGAGACAGAAGAGAACUUUUCCACUUAUUUGGAAGUCAAAGCAACACACCUAGGCAACAAUGAUUUCAAAGUUGAAGCUAGUGGCAUAAUCAUGGAUGUCAGUUUGGCUGUUUACUCCAAGGAUCAGACUAAACACAUUCAUAUAUGGCACGGAUCACGUCAUCAUUAUUUUAAACAGAAAACAGGGCUUGAGUUGUCUGAUGAUGAUGAAGUCCGACAUAAGCCCAGUUUUGAUAGAUCAUCCCAUCCUCAAGCUGUUGUGGCACCCAUGGCUGGCUUAGUCGUCAAACUUCUGGUGAAGGAUGGGACAAAAGUGGACGAAGGGCAACCUAUAUUAGUCUUAGAAGCAAUGAAGAUGGAGCAUGUUGUAAAGGCUCCAUGUGCCGGGUGUGUCCAUGGGCUUCUAGUUACUGCCGGCCAGCAAGUUACUGAUGGUAGUGUUCUUUUCACUGUCAAGGAUCAGUAGAUGCAUCACCGUUUUGCAUUUUCCUUGCGAACAAGACAGAGGUCGUCUUGAAUUGUUCUCCAACAGAGUAAAAGAAUUCAGCUGUCUCUGCAUUACUGUUGUAUGCAAAUCGAUGUUUUCAAUUGUUUCUACGAUCAAAUAAAAUAUUACCCGUCCAAGAUGUAAUACUCGGAACUCUUCAGUUGUUACAACACCGAAAAAUAAAAUUUUACACUUGUUCUUAAAUUA